CUGUGCUCUCAUAUCGCUUCUCUUCUCUCUCUCUCUCUCUCUCUCACGUCGACGAUCCAAUUUACCCGCCAAAAAGUUCUUUUCUUUUUAAUUUUAACGUCCCAAUUUUUCUGUUUUUUUUUUCAAAUUUCCCACCAUUCCUCCUCCCCCUCCUUCUCCGGCCGUCUUCCUUGUCUCCACCCUCUCUUUCCUUUCUUCAACACGUCGUCGUUGGGAGAACCAUGGAUCCACCGGUGAAUGUUGAGCCUGACGCCGGAUUGGAUGCUGUGGCGUGCUCCGUGGGUGAGAAGAGGCCGAUUGAGAAUGGCGAGGUUUCGUCCGUCAAGAAGCAGCGUUGUGGGACCCCUGGAGCGAUGAAGCGUGUGGCGGAGAUUGUGUUGGUCCUCUCGGCUAUGGCGAAGAUGCGAGGUGGAGGGAGGGGUCCGACUGAUGUGGAGCUAGGGUUGAUGGCGGAGGCGAGGGAGAGGUUGGUGGAGAUAUGUGGAGACCUGGCGCCGGGGGAUAUUGUUGGAAGGGAUGCAGUUGCUGCUGUCAUUGAAGAUUUGGGGCUUAAUGCCAAAGCGAAGGAACAGAGAUUAGGGUUUAGGAUGCCGAGAUUGACCAUUUCGGAGAGGUUCUCGAUUGCCAAGAAGAAGAUGGAAGAAUCAAAGAAACUUCAGGCAUCUACUCCUACAUAUACAUCCCAGUUGUUGCAAACAAGUAUUGGUGGAUCAUCACACGCUCUUCGCAGUUUUCCAUCAGAUAGACCAAAUCAUGCACCUAUUUCUUUUUCAUCAUCCCCAGCUCCAGUUACUGCCACUUCUUCCUCUCCUGUGCCUUAUCACUUGUCCACUUCAUCAGCAGUGAAUUCUGGAUUGCCUAGUAGCCAUUUGGGAAGGGAUUCAUCUGUGUUUGGAUUUCCCAGAGGUGACAGAUCACAGGUUAAGUUGGAAGGCUCAAAUGUGGGGCCAGCAAAUCCUUCUGCUAAUCAUCCUCUCGUUAAUGCUCCAACAUGGUCUAUACAGUCCCAACCUGGAGCAUUGACUAAACCUGGACAAGAAAACAAGGCACUGAAUCAUAACCUUGCCAAGAGUGAGGGAAGCCUUGAUAUGAGCAUGUCUCGAUUGGCUUCUCAAGCAGCAAGAGAUCAAAACUUUAGACCAUUCAUUACCCAAUCAUCAUCUGGGACUUUGUCAAUGCAUUCCAUGAACCAUCUUCAAGGUCCACCCUUGAACAAUAAUCACAACGAAAUUGCAAAAAUUGUCCAGAAGUUACUGCAACCAAAGCUUCCUGAGCAUCCAACCUGGACUCCUCCUUCAAGGGAAUAUAUGAAUAAGGCAUUGACCUGCCAAACAUGCAAAUUCACUAUUAAUGAAGUGGAAACUGUGCUUAUUUGUGAUGCAUGCGAGAAAGGAUUUCACUUGAAAUGUUUGCAAGCACACAAUCAGAAAGGAAUUCCUAGAGGUGAGUGGCACUGCACAAGGUGCUUGUCAUUAUGCAAUGGAAAGCCUUUGCCUCCCAAAUACGGUCGUGUUAUGAGAAGCAUAAACAUGCCCAAGGCACUAGCACCUUCUAACACGGCUGCAGGUCAGUCAAACACAGCUGAAGCUCAGUCAUCUUCUGAGAAUAAAGAAGGAAACCCAGAUGCAAAAGUGAAUCAGCCAAAGAUAACAGAAAAUGGAAGCACUGGUUUGCAGCCUCCUGUUGUGCCAGGUACCACAGGAAGCAACUCCAUUCAGUCGGCAUUUGAUUCUAAGAUUCCAAAUGGGAAAAAUCUCUCAUCUAUUGAAAAACAAAGGGACCAGGCUGCCUCUACUGGAACUUGUCCUAAUAGUGGGUCUCUUGUUGUGUCAUCAAGUGAAAAAUCUUCUGAACAUCCUCAUACAACUGAAUCAGCUACAAAUGAAGAGAGAGGAGAUCCUGAAUCAAAAUCACAGCCUCUUGGUACAUUAUCUAACACAAUAAAGGAAGAGUUUGAUCAUUCCCAGGCUUCACAAGAUAUGCAAGAUGUUCGAAUGGGGAAGCAAAACUCUGCUGAUGUUCCUAUUGAGCAAAAUGAGCAGGAUGCUACAGUGACACAUCCUAUUCAAAGUUCUGGACCAAGUACAGAGGUUACAAAUCACACCCAGUUCUCCUUUGAUGGGUUGCAUGCUAUUGAUUGGAUUGGUGAUGUAACACAAGUUUUGGAUGGAAGAAAAUUUUACAAAUCCUGUUGUAUUGGUGGUGUAACUUAUAAAGUGCAGGAUCAUGCUCUUUUUCGUUUUAGCAAUGGCAAAUUGAUUCCUUCUAAGCUUCAGGCCAUGUGGGAGGAGAUUAAAACCGGUUUAAAGUUCAUUGAUGUCAGAAGGUGCUACUUUCCUAGUGACUUGCCAGAGACUGUUGGUCGUCCAUAUACCCCUGAAGGCAGUGAGGUUUAUGAGUCUAAUAAUGAUAUCACCAUAAUGGCUGGCUUGAUUCAAGGACCAUGUGAAGUUCUCCCUGCUUCCAAAUUUAAGGAAGAAAGUGAAAAACAAAUUCAGUUAGAAGUUGAGGGAAAUAAAGGAUCAAGGUCAAUUUUUCUAUGCAAGUGGCUUUAUGAUGAAUCAAAAGGGAGUUUUCAACCUGUAUCAGGUUAAUAUUGUUGUUAUUGACUUUCUUUAGAGACGGUCGCCUUAGUAGCAAAUGUGGUUGCUCUUCUUCAUCAGGUACACGAAUAUCUGUUAUAUGCUCUAGCUGCAUCUUUAACUAAGCAAAACAUUUUGGUGAAACUUACCAAGCUAUUUGGGUGAAAACAAAUUAAAAGCAAAUGGAUGCCUGGACAUAUAUGGACUACCAACACUCAUCUCUUUUAACUUGUAACAUAUGUAACAGUAGGCACGGUCAGUCUUGGAUAAUUUUUUUUUUUUUUCUCUUCUUAUAACAAUUCAAAAUUUCAAGUCAAUAUUUUUUUGCUGUGCAUCUCCAUUCUUCAGACCUAUACUGGAGGACUCCCAGUAUGAAUGUUCUUGAUUUAUUUUUCAAACAUUAUGUAUCAGUUGUGUUAUUCUAAUGAUCAAAGACUACUCGUUCCAGUAGUAUUGUAUGCGUGAGCGCUGAUGUGUGCAGCAACAGAUGAACAGAAUAAAUGAACAUUGAAGUA